AAGUAAGUGAGGAAAGAUGGCGACCACGGCUGGUGUGAAGUUGAACCGGAGUGUUUACAUAACGAUAAUGAAUUUACCAUACAGUUUGGUAAACAAACUUAACGUGUGUGCGCUGUUAGUUUUCAUACUCACUUCUGCGAGUAGCAGUUAUGGAGAAAACACCUAUGAAGAUAGUACUUAUGAAUUUCUCAAACGAGAGUAUUCGCUGAGUAAGCCGUACCAAGGACUGGGUUCGUCCAGUUCGUCACAUUGGGAGUUUAUGGGUAACUCAAUGAUCAUGCCAGACACCAUACGGCUGACACCAGACCUGCAGAGCAGACAAGGAGCCGUCUGGAGCCGUAUUCCCUGUUACAUUAGGGACUGGGAACUGCGAGUACAGUUUAAGAUCCAUGGUGAUGGCAAAAAGAAUCUGAACGGGGAUGGGCUUGCGAUAUGGCUGACCAAAGAGCGAAUGCAAAGUGGUCCAGUGUUUGGAAACAUUAACUAUUUUACUGGUCUGGGUAUUUUUGUGGACACGUAUCCCAACGAUGACAAGCAGCAUGAUAGAGUGUUUCCUUUUAUCUCAGCGAUGGUCGGGAACGGGAGUGUCGAGUAUGAUCAUGACCGUGAUGGGCGGUCUACUGAUCUUGGUGGCUGCAAUGGUCACAGCCGAAAUGUUGAUCAUGACACCUUCCUGUUGAUCAGAUACAUGAAGAACAGACUUACUGUGAUGACAGAUGUGGAUGGGAAGCAAGAGUGGAAGGAUUGUCUGGACAUCCCAGGCGUGAAGCUUCCGCAGGGUUAUUAUUUUGGAGCCUCAUCGGUCACUGGAGAUUUAUCAGACAACCAUGACCUCAUCUCCUUCAAACUGUAUGAACUUACAGUAGAACGCAGUCCUGAAGAAGAAGAAGAAGACCAGCUCGAGAUCACGUUGCCUAGUGUAGACUACAGAGUGGACCCUAAUGCUCAGACAGCAGAUGAAGGAAGGAGCAUCCUCGCAACGUUCUUUAUAUUUAUUUUUUCAGUUUUUGCACUGGUCGUGGUGGUCGUUGUUAUUCUGUUUGCGUACAAUCACUAUAAAGAAAACAGACGCAAACGCUUCUACUGAGCAAAUGGAAGAGAGUAACAGGCAGAAAACGGGAUGAGAGAUCCGACGUGAGUGUGACUGGCGUGAGGAACGCUUCUGGUUCUUGGCCCCCACACCAACAAAAAGGACCUGAACAAUAAACUUAAAGCCACGGCCUGACUUCCACAAGUGGAAACCGACCACCUCAAUUGUGAUUUCAGCAUCCUCUCUUUUUAAACAAAAAAAAACCUUAAAAGAGAAUUUGAGCGUGUUGGUCAUUGAAUGGCAGAGAGUGUUGAUGUAGACUUUUUGCCGUAUUUUUGUACCUGACCAGUUACACUGACCUUGGCCUUUCACCCUUAGGUAGCGCAGAAAAUGAUGUGUGACAGAAUUUACAGACGCAUGUUGCGUAAAAAUGCUGUGUUCUCAGGUUGUCUACUAAUACCACGGAAGAAAUCCCGAAAGCUUCUCUUGAUUUUUUUUUUUACAGCACCUUAAUGAAUAAAAAGAUAAUGUGAACUAUGACCAUGAAAUGUCACAAUAUUGGUGAACAGUUUUUAGUAAACUGUCAACAUUAAGUUUUAAACAUUGUGUAAAUUUGAUUCCCUUUAUUCGGUUUUGUUUCAUCCAGUCUUCAUAUAAAAACAAUGCUGUGUCUGGCUGCACUGUUCCAAAUAGCCGGCAAUAACCAGCAUUUUGAAAUGUGACACGUUGUCUAAGACUCAUUUUGUAAUAAAUCAUCUUUGAGUGUUGUUUUGUUACAUGUUGUUUUCAAAGUUGCACUGAACUGAAUUUCUCUCGUGUCUUAUCCAGUAGCUUUAAACCGUUAGUUGAAGACUUUACAUGGCCUUCUUUGACUACAGUGUUUAAAAGUCAUGAUGUGCUGAUGGUGAUGAUAUAUCUAGAAUUCAUAUUGGUUAAAGGAAUAGUUUACCCAAAAAUUAAUUCUGUCGUCAUUUACUCACCUUCUUGUCAGUUCGAACCUGUAUGACUUACUUCUGCAGAACACAAAAAAAGAUAUUUUGAAGCAUGUUGAAGCAACCAAACAACGGUGGUACCCAUUUACUUGCAUUGGAUUUGUGUCCAUUCAAUAGAAGUGAUGGGUACCGCCAUUGUUUGGUUAUCAGCAUUCUUCAAAAUAUCUUCUUUUGUGAUCUGCGGAAGCAAGAAGAGGGUGAGUAAAUGAUAACAGAAUUUUUAUUUUUGGGUGAACUGUCCCUUUAAAUAACAUUGAUGCACUACUGCUGCUGUGACCUUUCUCCUAUAGUUUUGUUUCAGUAUUGCAAAGAUAUGCAAGGGGUUUUCCUUUUAUUCAAUAUUUUCCAUAACUUCUUGUCACUACUGUGUACAGUUUUGUCUAAUCUAAAGGUCAUUGUUGUACACACUGAAGUGAUUGUAUUGCUGAAUCAAACUCAUGUGUCAUGUGGAUCUUCAUGGUCAUCUCCAUUAUGUUCAGUUUCUAAAUUAAAGUUUAUAAGGUUGUGUUCUCAUUUUAAACUCUGACGUUUUAUAUUAAAACCACA